UGCAGUGAUAAUUUUGAGACACUUAUCAGCUGCAUCAAAAACGUGACACGAGUUUGUGAAUAUAGCUGGCGACGAGAUGCUUGGAUUGACCUAGACGUAAGGCUGAAGUUCAGAAAACAGUUUUAUUGUCACAAUGGCGCUUUAGUGAUACCUGUGCCUUUAGUUCUCUGUGGACAAAACAAGGGAGGCAAGCAAUGUCUGCGUAAUUUCCACGCGAAAUUUCGUAACAACAUAUCUGACACCACACUUUGCGAGUAAGUACAGCUGAUGACGAUCACUUUAAUUGAGUUUCCUUCGGCAAGACGCGCGCCAUUAAAAAUGAACCACACAGUCUUGUUACUGACAGUUCAAAAUUUAGCUUAUCGCCAUGCUCACCAUUCUCUGAACAAACUAUUAAAAUGGCUGUAAGGUGAAAGUCGAAUAAGCUGUCUGAAAACUUGAGCCUGGUGCCUGGUUGUACAGUCGAAAUUUCACGGAGACGACAUAGCUUGAUCAUUAGCGUUUUUGCGCCCAGAUACUCUGCAUUUUAGGGGAACUGGUUUUUCGCUUGAUAUAGAUUCCACACGUAGUUAAUCGAAAAACCGAUAAUCGAUAAUAAUCGAUACUAAUCGAUAUCAAUCAUCGAUGAAUUUCGAUUUCUGAUAUCGAUCAACAGAAAUCGAUAAAAAAUUUGACCUCGAUUAAUAUUUAUCAUUUUCCGAUAGAAAUCGAUAAUGAUUUUUUAUCGAUUACUAUCGCUCUUAUCCAUUGUUAUCGAUUUUGUUUAUCGAUAAUUAUCGAUAAAUUAUUUAUUCUGUGACUUCGAUUUCGAUCGAUUUCCAAUAUCAAUCGAUAUUAAUCGGCGGAUUAGAAAGAUUAAUAUCGAUGAUAUCGAUUGAUUUCCGAUAUCGAUUUUUAUCGAUUAACCACGUCUGGUACAGAUUAUACAGAGAGCAACAUAUUGAAAAGAAAAGCUGUAAAAAAAAAUCGAAAAGAGCAUUUUUGCAGGCCAUUAGAUUUCAUGACAAUUUCAGUAAAUCAAGCGCAAGUAAUAAAUAUGGUUCCUCUGCGAGUAAGUCGAUUACAAGGGUGACAUUUUUUUUUAUUAUUCUUUCCAGGGAGUACUCCAAGGCAAAGAAUUGUGCACAAGAACUUCUUGAAAAGGAGUGUCCAGACCACGCAAACUCUCGCACUUAUUACAUGGAUGUUUUAUUCGACAAUUAUAAUCCUUUCUGUAAAAACUUUCUUUAUAAUGCCCCGACUACGGUAACAACGCCUCGCAGAAAAACAGAAAGAUUGGUAAUGACACAGCGAAGGGAGCCAAGCUCAUGCAAGAGCUGUCCUAGAGCAACAUCCAUCGUUAUGAACAGCGCUCGUAGUAACCGUGAAAAAUCAUCCUACAUUAGUGUUUUUGAACUAUGGUUUGUCUUAUUUUUGAUUUCCAGCCUUGUCAUGCGCUCUUAA